CUUUUGCAUGUCGGAGGUGCAUGAUGUGAUGAAUCUAUCCGAUGCGGAGAGUAAAGGCUCGAGUUCGAAAGCCACCUUUUCAAGAGAUGUGUUUCGCUUGGAGAUCUCUGGCCCUGACGAAGAUCAUCUCAGUGUGAUUGACGUCCCGGGUAUCUUCAAACACACUACACCAGGAUUAACCACCAAAGAGGAUAUCGCAUUCGUCAGAGACAUGGUAUUGUCUUAUAUGAAGAACCCCCGUUCAGUGAUGCUCACCGUCAUCCCGGCCAACGUGGACAUCGCAACCCAAGAAAUCCUGGAAAUGGCACGCGAGUGCGACCCAGACAACAACCGGGCACUUGGAGUUCUCACCAAACCAGACUUGGUCGACAAGGGAGCCGAAAAGCGGAUUCGGGAGUUGAUCGAGGGCAAACACUCGGGUCUGAAGCUGGGAUGGAGUAUCGUGCGUAACCCUGGCCAGCAGCAGUUGGAGGAAAAGGCGACGGAUCGAGAUGUGGCCGAGAAGAGCUUCUUUCGCGAUACCGUUCCUUGGAAUAGCCUGGAAAAGGACAAGGUUGGGAUCGAGGCUUUGAGGAUUCGGCUGCAGGAGAUUCAGACUGGCCAUAUUCGCAACGAGUUUCCAAAGGUGAAAGCAGAAGUCAGCAAGAAACUGAAAGCCGAAAAGAACGCCCUUCGAGCGCUUGGUGCAGAGCGAGACACUCCAGAAAAGCAGACCAAUUACCUGUUGGAUAUCAUCACCGAGUUCCAGGAAAUCACGGCUCAGGUACUGGCAACAAACUACAGCAAUGACCUCUUUGAUGACAACGAACAGCUUCGACUGGCCACUGUGUUGAGAAACAGAAACAACGUCUUCAAGGAAGAUCUGACUCAAUUCGGUCACGAAUACAGGUUUGCAACCGCUGAUACCGAAAGCCCGCCAUCCGUAGGACUCCCAGACAAAACAUCAUCUGGUACGAAACCCGAGAAUGACGAGAAGAAAAUCGAGGCGAUAAAGGUGCGCAAAACGAAGGAUUGGCUAGAGCUCGAAGGCAUCCUCCACGAUCCUGAGCUCAUUCCCUCGCCCUCCGACGAAGGAAUUAUUGCCUGGAUUAACAAGCUCUACCGCACCUCUCGUGGAUUCGAAAUUGGGACCUUUAACUCCUCCCUCCUGGCGACAAUCAUGAAGAAACAAUCCACCAAAUGGAAAAGACUUGCGCUCGUCUACAUCAGCGACGUAAUUACUAUGAUCCACAUAUUCAUCACCGAAGUGAUUGAAAAAGUGUGUCCGGAUGAUCGCGUGCGCAGUAAUAUCCUCUCUGCGCUGAUGGAUGACUUGAUCAAGAAAUACAAAAAUGCCGUCGAACAAGUCGAGUUUCUCCUGAAUGUGGAAAAGUCCGGAACUCUUAUGGCACUCAAUGAUGAACUCGAGAAGAAUUCUUUUAAAAGCCGCCAGAAACGCGCCAACAACACCACGGUCCAGUACAUCCACAACAUCCUCAAGUCUUACUACGAGGUUGCCUCGAAGCGAUUCAUUGACAAUGUCUGCAUGCAAGCGACAGACUACCAUUUGGUUACUGGACCGUCUACUCCGCUGAAGCUUUUUGUGCCUUCUUUCGUGACUGGGCUUAGCAAUGAGCAGCUUGAAUUUCUGGCUGGAGAGGAUUCGAUGCUUUAUCGGAAACGCGCGCAGUUGAAGCGGGAGAUUGAAGAGCUUGAGAAGGGGAGGAAGAUCCUGCUGUAGGUCUGUAUCUGUAUUGACUGGAUGAUUGAUUCAGCCUUUUGGAGUGAUACGAGAUUGAUAUGAAUUGGCUAGAUGUAGUGCAGGUAGCUAGAAUGGGCCAUAUUAAUUUAUGACAGAUAGAUAUACUAAGUUGUAGGACUCCCUCUCUAUUAUCAAAUCUUCAACCCCC